AUGUUCCCACUCGAACUUUUAGAGGUCACCAUUGAGUGCCUUGCGGCUCAAGGUACACUCGAAGACCUUCACCAAUGCACCCUCGUCAACAAGAAGCUCGCUCAACUCUGCCAAAAACGGAUUUUUAACACCGUCGCACUUGUCCAAAGAGAGACGCGAUGGCACAUACCAGCUGAGCAACGAGUUCCGUUGCCUCCCCAUCCUAUUGAGCGAUUCGCUGACGUGGUGAAGCAAAACCCCGCCAUUGGGACGUACGUUUGGGAGUUGGAGAUACAGAGUAUGCUCGAUUACAACGUCGACGAUGGUUUCAAAUUCUUUGGCCAUCUGCACCAAGUCCACACCUUCACGCUAGUGUUUGCAGAUGGACCUCGGCAUGUCGGUGACCCAAAACCUUGGCAUACCAUUUCUCCAGGUCUUCGAAACUCGCUUUUCUCGUUUGUCCGUCAAAAUCCCAUCGCAUCCCUGAAUCUUUACCACCUCAGCGACCUUCCCCACACCUUCCUCCAGCAAUUCGGCCACCUACAAAAGCUUACAGUCCUUGGUGUACACCCAGACAUUUCCGUUUGUCCAGCAAUCGGCGAGUGCUACAUGAAUUCCCACACAAUCGACAUAUCGGAGAUCUCAGUCCUCAAGGUGGACUUCGGGAUACACGAUGAGGACCAUGUCGUGUGUCGCGUCCUGCGUUUUCCUGUUCAAUUGGAAACCCUUGGUUUGCAUUUAAGGAAGGAUUUCUCGGAAUGGACCUGUCGCGGAAAUAUCCUCAGCAGACUUCCUUCCCCCUCCCUAAACACCCUGCGGCGCAUCGACUUGAUGAUCAACACCCUUAACACUCCAGAGCUUCCGCCCUAUGCCGAGUUUGCUCAUGAACUCAGCCGGAUACAGGGCCAAUUUGACAGUGACUUAAAUCUGGACCCAAUUCGGUGGAAAGAACUUGGAGAUAUACUAGCGUCGGGGUUUCCUUACCUUCGGACGCUGACACUCCGUGCGGAGGUGUCCAUAUUUGACAGCCCUUCGCCCUUUGAGGAAGCCGCACACAAACAGGCUCGGAUAAAACAUAGACAUGGGAUUGAGCUGACUACGAGCGCCGAGUGUAUGGUGAUAUGA